CGAGCCUUUCGCGGUCUGUGAACAUGAGAAACUUUAUAAACUCCUCAGCUCGCUUACCCCCACACCGAUGUAAAUAAACAUCUUCUCAGUCACCAAACUGCUUUGUUUUACUCUCACAAUACCAUUCUCUUCAAACGUUUCAGAACGCUCCUUUAUCGAUUUUUUUACAAUCCAGUACAUCCCGACGACUAGCAACGUGACAUGAACAUUAUUCAUUGCGCCGCAUCUCACAGAUCGGGCGCAAUGGCAGCGAAGAAACUGAUUUAUCCAGCGGCCGACCGGAACAAGGAUCCGAUUCUUUCGGUGUUGAAGAGGUUCAUUCGACCGGGUGCGAACCAAGCGCUGCUCGAGAUCGCAUCAGGCUCCGGUCAGCACGUGGCCCACUUUGCCCCGCACUUUCCUCAAGUGACGUUUUUCCCAUCGGAGUGCGAGGACCGACUGCUCGAGAGCAUAUCGGCGCACACGAGCGGCUUGAGCAACGUUCGUCCUCCGUCGCUGAUCGACAGCUCGACCGAUUACUACAACUGGCCGAGCAUAAAGUUCCAGGAAAAUAGUUUGGACUACAUUUACUGCGCGAACAUGAUUCACAUCUCGCCGUACCGCUGCACCAUCGGGCUCUUCAAAAACGCCGGAGCCCUCCUUAAAAACAACGGUUUCCUGUUCACCUAUGGAGCUUACGCGAUCGACGGUAAAUUGAGCCCGGAAAGCAACGUCAGAUUCGACGAGAGCCUCAAGUCCCAAAGCCCUGAAUGGGGCAUCCGGGACCUCAGGGAAUUGGAAGCCUUGGCCAAUAGCAAUCACAUCAACCUGGUCGAAGUCGUCGACAUGCCGGCCAACAACAAGACUGUCAUUUGGCAGAAAAAUUAUCAAUGAUUUUUCUCCCUUUCUAUCGCUCUUUCACUCUCGAAUCUCCUCUCUUUUAUCCUCGUUGUUUUUGUAUGGAAAAGCUUCUGGAAUAAUAAAAAUUCUGUUGGCAGAAGUCGUCAGAGUCUUGGGGGAA